AUUAAAUUAUUUUUCUUCUCGAGUUGUUUCGCUUUGGAAAAAUUAAACACUUCAAUUCAACAAUUUCUGGCCUCUGGCUUAAUAAAUAAAAUUAUUUGAGCUUCAAUAGGGUUCUACAAUCUCGAGAAACUUUGUUUAAAAAAAUAUUUAAUUGGUAAAAAAUUCAGAAACAUCAUUUUAGACAUUCCAAGUCUAUCUAUACCGCAUUCCUUUUUCUAAUUGCCUAAAAUAUUUAUUUUCCAACAGAGAGAAGCCUAUACCAAGUGGAUAAAAUUGAAACAAUGUCAGAUACAAGUUGCUUGGAAAAGUGGCCAGAUUUACGGCGACUCGACAAGAAGACGUCGAUCAGUCUCGCAAUCGUUAUUAGAAGCAAAGACGAUGACUCUUUGAAUGUGAUUUUCGUGACGAAAGACGACGAGGUUUAUGGCUAUGGCGUAAACCAAUGCGGAUGCUUGGCCACAGGAAAUGAUUUGCCAAUAAGCAAGCCGGUAAAAAUCGAAGCCUUGUGCGGACAGAAAAUAACAAGCAUCGAAUGUGAAGGAAAGUCUUGCGUCCCGUCCUUGUUCGCUCUUACGUCGUUUGGCUCGGUUUUCGCCUGGGGAAAUAAUGCUAAGGGCAAGCUUGGACUUGGAGAUGCGCGAGACGUGAUCAAGACGCCAACCGAAAUUGCGGGAAAUUUGGUGCAGAAGAUGGUCGUGCAAGUGGCCACUAGUGAGACCCACACCUUGGCUCUGACGUCCAUUGGAGAGGUCUUCGCUUUCGGCUCUAAUAGUAUUGGGCAACUCGGCAUUUGGGACUUUGAGCGAAAGAACAAAUAUUUACCAACAAGAGUGCAAGGAUUAGCUUAUCGAUUCAUCACUGCAGUUUCUUGUGGUUACGAAAUUUCAGCAUUUAUUGAUGACACUGGAGCGGUUUACUUCUCGGGCGCACAUAAUGGUGAUGAUUACAAUGGUCCGACGAGAAUGUUCGCCUUGGCAGGCAUCCCAGUUGCCAAAAUUGCAUGCGGACUGAGCCACUUCCUUGCUCUGUCCCGCGAUGGACAAGUUUAUGCUUGGGGAGAAGACUCUUACGGGAACCUAGGACCAAGACAGAGUCGAAGCGACGCCCAAUGUGCACAGUUGCUGGCGACAAACAUGGGCAGAGUUACGGACAUUACUGCCUCCGGCUGCCACUUGCACCCUAAUGCGGCGAUCAACGAAGAUGGCCAAGUCUUCAUUUGGGGAUACUGCAGCCCAAACAUGGCUAUGCUACGGAGGCCAAGCAAAAUAAAUUUCUCUACACUGGACGAGGUUUAUGCGACUUUUGCCACUCCGGCAGCCACGGUCCGACCUUUGCGACCGAAAAUCCCAAAGGCUGAAUCGCUCACUACGUGCUCGGUGCAAUUUUUUGAUGAUCCGGACACCUCUGACUUCACGUUUACUGUCGAAGAAAAGAAAAUUCACGCCCACAAGCUGAUUCUGAUGAUGCGAAGCGACAAAUUCAGAGAAAUUUUCAAGAGAAGUGAGAGUAAAGAAGUGGUUACGGAGCACAGCUACGCUGUUUUCCACGCCUUUCUGAAAUACAUCUACACGGACGAGAUUAAAAUGAAUCAAGAAACAGUCAUAGAUGUUCUUGCUUUGGCCUAUGCUUUCGAAAUGACUGACCUGAAGGAGAGGUGCGUGCAUUUCAUGAAAAACAACUUGACAUUUGACAACGUAGGUCUUUACUACGACAAGGCAAUUUUGCACGGCUGCAAGGACCUGAUGGCGUUGGCUUAUAGAUUUUGUUGGCAUCAUUAUAAUUCCGAAAAACACCAAGGCAUAUUUGACAACGUGAGCGCGGCUGUCAAGAGAGAUUUCGUCAGACGCCACGAUAAAGGCAGGAAGUCCGCGCAUAGUGAAGAAGAAGUCGAACAAUUUUUUGGUGCUUUAUUCAAUCCACGCAAUUGAAGAAAUAAAAAUUCGAAUUUUCCUUCCUUUAAAAAAA